CCUCUCGCGCUCUUUCUCUCUCUCCCUCUUAUCCACUCUUCCCUCUUCCUCCUCCACUCUUUGUUGAUCUAUCUCCUUCCUCCUCCCUCUCCCUUACUGGUACCUGCACCUCAAAAGUUGAUACAUAAAUUCUGCGCCUCGUCCGUCGCUACUCCCGCAGAUGUCAACCUGUCAUCGGCUGUAAAUCAUCCAACUCAAUUCAUUGUUGUUUGCUGACAGGCUUGCGAUUUGCAUUGCGCUUUGUUUGCCUGUCUUGACACCGACCUCACACAGGCGGCUUGGUCGCCAGCGUGUCUUACAUGACCUCCGGUCGCUUCUUGUUUAUCUCCCCCUUCCUGUGCUGAUUCCCCAGCUUCACCGUGGGUAAACAAAUCGCUUUUCAUACGUCGCGCGCGCCGAUCCGUAGGGGUCUCGAUUGUUAGUGCGAUGGCGGUCGAUACGAGCUACUUGACCACCCAGGUCAAUAAUAUUGUCUCGGAGUUGCAUGGAAUCUUUGAUGAUAUCGGCGUUCCGAAUCAUGAGCGCGAGUCGCGAGAGGCUGAGCUCUUUAGUGCUUUGUCGGAAACGCUUAGCAACCACCUCAAGCUCGUGGAUGAUGAGAAACAGGUCAUGACCGAAGAAGCGCAAAAGCUCAUCACUGCUAUACGACAACUAGAAGCUUCGCUGAUUGACGAGAAGGCUAAUGGCCAAUAUAAUCUCAACGAUGCGGACCUGCGCAUUAAAUAUCCCCUCAAUCAGUGCCUCAACUUCCUCCGGGAGAAAUAUGGCGCACUCAGCAAAAUGCACAAGGAACGCUUCGAGCAAGUGAGGAAGCUUGUCGAGGCCCUCGAAUCAUACUCUUCUCAUCUCGAAUCCGCUUUUGUCACCAUCGAUCUGCCUCCCACGGCACCCGGGUCAUCCAUCGCGCCCAGCUUUGACCUUUCCCCCUCCUACGUCACGUCUCUGGACAGCGAAUUCAGCAGAGUCUACGAAGAAUACCACCGGCGACUGGAGUUUGUCCAAACUACGUGCGAGGACAUCAUUAAGCUGUGGGCUGAACUCGGCACCCCCCAGGUCCAGACCGACUCCAACAUUGUCAAAUUCUACCGCGAGUCUCCAGAGCAGCUGGGAUUGCACGAAACCGACCUCGCAAACCUGAUGGCCAAACGCGAAAAGCUUCUGGACGAGAAGAAGGGCCGUGAACGCAAACUGAAGGAACUCCGCAUGGCCGUGGAAAGUCUCUGGGAACGAUUCGGUGUCGAGGACUGUGAUAGAAAGACUUUCCUGUCUGCCAACCGCGGGUGCGGUCUCCGGACCAUCAACGAAUUCGAGGAGGAACUGGCACGCCUGAAUGAGCUGAAGCGACAGAACCUGCACCUGUUUGUGGAGGAUGCGCGCUGCCGACUUCAAGAGCUCUGGGAUAGCUUGUACUUCUCGGAAGAGGAGAUGCUUGAUUUCACUCCCGCCUUCUCCGAUGUUUACAGCGACGCCCUGCUCGAGGCACAUGAAGGUGAAAUCUCUCGUCUUGAGGCGCUGAAGGAACAGCGGGCCCCCACACUCCAACUGAUUGAUAGACACCGGAGCCUCAUCUCGGAGCGCGACGCCUUGGCGACCUCCAGCCAAGACGCGUCCCGGCUCAUGGCACGCGGAGUCAAGGGAGAGAGACGUGACCCUGGAAAGCUUCUGAGAGAAGAGAAGAUGAGAAAGCGAAUCGCGAAGGAGCUGCCCAAGGUGGAGGCCGACCUGAGGAAAGAAUUGGAGCUGUGGGAGGACGAGUUCGGACGCCCGUUCUUGGUUCACGGAGAGAGGUAUCUGGACGACCUCACUCCAGUCAUCGCCAAGCCCCCACCGCGAUCCAAGUCGGCUGCAUCUGGAAGUGUGAGAGGGAGCGCUCAAAAAGCCCAACCACCGGCUCGACCGGCUAGUGUCAUGAGAGCCCCCCUGCCGCCUCGCUCCGCCACCAAGACCCCUACCGGACAUAGCUCCACGACAAAAUACAAUACAAUUGGACCUUCUCGAGGAGGCGCGAAGUCUCCAUCGAAGAUCCCCAGUCGGGUCCCCCUGGGAAAUAUUCCCCAUGCGAACAACUCUCCGGACCGACGGGGCGGUCCAGGCACCUACUCUUCCAGUACAAUGAACGCGAAGACUCGUGCGCCACCACCACGCAUGCGCGCAUUGACCGGUGCAGAUUCGAAGGACAACAGCUAUCUCUUUGAACCCCCGCGAUGCGCGAGUGCCCUAUCCAACAGCACUUUUGUUCGCCCGGUCAGUCCCGAAGACGUUUACGACGAUCGUAACCAGCGGUCGUUUAUGAGCUCUUCGAUCUUCUCUCAGCGAUCUGCCGGUCAGUCAUCGCACUCGUCGGCCUCGUCCCUCUCCUUGAACUCGAUGCAAGCGUUCCCGCGACCGAACCCAUACCUGCAGAAUAAACCCCCGCCCCCAGCCCCCAGACAGGUCUCCAACUCCUCGACGAUCGACACCGCCAAUGGGGGGUCGGAGAAUUGGGAGACGUUCGACGACGGGUCCGAGUCUGAAGCCGAUGCUAGUGACGUCUACUACGCCAAGGUGCGCGCCGCCCAUGGAAAGCGACUGGCCCCUGAGGACCAGCAGGGUCUUUCCCUAGCAGGGAAAAAGGCCAGGGGCAUUCGCAGUGUCAGUCCCGAUGGGCCGCAGGCCAGUCGCAGCGCUAAUAUCAUGCGAGUGGCCAGUGGGGAAUGGACAGAUGAGAUGGAGUCUUACUAGAAAAAGGGUUUACUGCUUUGCAACCAACCGCCUCUCGUUUAUUUCAUUCUGUUUUCCUUGGGACCUGCGGCGCUUCCGGAAGGACGUGAUUACGAGACCAAUCUGUUGUGACGAUUCUAUGAUUGACCUUGGGACUGCCUAAUCUAGCGACUCAACCUGCUCUCGGGUCAUGGUUGAGUCCCAUUAUCUCCCAGGUAUGAGCGACUCGCAUCGUCGGGCUCAGACAACGACUUUAAUUUUUUCAUUUUUUUCUCCCCAUUCCCCCUUGUUGUAAUCUGCGAUUAUACCAUGUUAGCUCCGGCUUUGAUACUUUCUUUGCGGGACCCGAACUUUCUUGUGUUGAUUCUUGGAUCUUUCCGGCGAUGAAAUGAAAGGGAGAACCGAACGGACGAUAUGACGUCCCCCGGAUAUCCCAAAGUGGCUUGGAAGAGACAUAUUGCCUUCUUGUAUUAUGCUUUUGUUUGUAUGUUUGAAUAAUUCCCCUAGCCUUUUUCAACAGAGACAUGAGUGGAAGGAGUCUAUCUCCCACCCUCGUCCUUUCCCAUGAUCGAUAUCAUUUCCCUUGUUUCACCGGGUUAUUUAUGUUCCAUUUUCCGUUUUGAUGAGGUCCCUUGUUUUAUGAUUUGUUUACUUGUCGCAUAGCAUGCUUUUUCCAUUUGUGUUUGUAUCAGCGUUGUAUUUGUUGUCUGGUUGUCUGGUUUGUUGAUUAGACAUCAAUGAUUG